UGGGCGUGACGAGGCUGACUAGUGUCUGGCAGGGAGUAAACGUCACUUGUCAUCGUGUUAAAUCCUUGAAACCUUUUUAAUGUUGUUCAGGCCUGCGGAGAACAAGAAGUUAGAAAUACUUUCAGGAUUGCUGUACAAGUACAAUCGACUGCAUGGUUUAAAAAGUUGAAGUGAAGAAUAUAAUGGCCGAUUUUUCUGCUUCCAUGGAUCUCUCUAAAGCUUUGCAGACCAUAGGAGAACAAGACCCAAGUGCAGCUGCUACAAAGGCUAAAGAACAACUUGAUGCUCUUGACAAUUUGGUUUUAAACAUUGCCGUGACUGGAGAAACAGGAACGGGCAAGUCUGCUUUCAUUAAUGCUUUUCGAGGUCUGGGUGAUGAUGAUGAUAUGUCUGCACCUACUGGAAUCACUGAAACUACAAAUGAUGUUACCAUGUACACCCAUCCCACGAAGCCAAAUGUGAAACUCUAUGACUUGCCGGGGAUUGGUGUGCCAAACCUCAAGGCAGACCAAUAUCUCAAUGAAGUCAAAUUUGAGAUUUAUGACUUAUUUAUUAUCAUUUCGUCCACACGGUUUAAGGAAAAUGAUGUCUUUUUGGCCAAGGAGAUUAAAAAAAAGCAGAAGCACUUUUAUUUUGUCCGAAGCAAGAUUGACAAUGACAUUCACUCUGCGUCACACAGAAGGAACUUCAAUGAGGAUCAUGUGCUUUGCACAAUCAGAGAAAACUGCUGCAAAAACUUAAAGGAUGUUGGAAACCCACAGGUGUUCUUAAUAUCUUCUUAUGACCUGGAAAAAUAUGACUUCCAAAAGCUGGUAGAUACCAUAGAGUCAGAGCUUUCAGAACAUAAGAGAUUUGCUCUUGUUCAGUGUGUGCCGGUGUGUUCACUCGCUAUGCUAGAGAAGAAGAAAAAAAUGAUGGAGAAGUAUGUUAUGGUUGCAGCAUUGGCCUCGGGCCUGGGAGGCCUUAUCCAUCCUUCACUGUAUAUGACUUUUGGCAAUAAAGGACUUGCAGCUUUCCUCAGCAGUUGCCAUUACGCAUUUGGGUUGGAUGAGGAAUCACUCAUGAAGCUUUCAGAGAAAGUAAACAAACCUGUCUCUCUGUUAAAAUCAAAAAUAAAGUCUCCCUUUGUUUUAGCACUGAAAGACAGAUUGAGUGUUACGCCUCAUCUUUCAAUGACAAAUCCAGUUACUAGCUUAGAUGACUUGCUUGAUCCUAGAUUUAUUUUAAAAAGGAGUCAAAAUGCUUAUAUGGCAUUUAACAAAACAUAUGCUGUCCUAAAUGAUGCUCUAAAUGAAAUGAUAGAAGAUAUGACGGAAGUUCUCAGAGUGGCAGGUUUGGAAUAGUUAAAGCAAACUGGUACGACAAACAGAUGGACUACAGGUCAGAAAGUACUAAUAAAAAAAUAUUCCACUCCAGGUCACAACAAACACUGAAUAAAAUGUAAAAAAUGGUUUUAAACAGAAAGUUAUAGUGUUAUACACUAUUCAUAUACUAAUAUAAUGUUAGUAUUGUGCUGCAUAUCUUACCUGUUUGUUACAUGUAAUGUAAUAAAUAAUGUAUAUUAAUAAAAUGUGAUAAUAUCUGCAUCUCUGUACUGUUUAAAGGUAUUUGGGAAUUAAUUUAUGUUGCUGGUUUGUGCAAGAAUUUUCUAAUUUUAUAGUUCAAUUAUUUAAUGUUAAAGUUGUAAAAUUGUCCCUGUAAUUUUUGAAAGAAGUGGCUUUUAGCUGCUUUUGCAUCUGAACCCUUCAAAUUGUCAUUGUGAUUGCUAUGAUACAUUUGCCAUGCAACUGAAUGUUUACAAUAAACUGACGUUAGACUGUUAACCUCGUUUUGUUUAAACCACCAAUGGCUUUCUUUGGUUUUCAGUACCAAAACACAGAAGUGUUGUUUUGGGUUUCCGGGAGUGGAUUGUGACAGCCUUUCCA